GUCCAGUAAUUUGCAUUUCUUUUGUCCCCAGUCCCUGACGCCACAAACCCGAUCUCCGGAUUCCCUCAGGUGUUCCUGACCUGUGUUCCUCGCCUCAACGUGUGUCACUCACUCCGCGAAUCCGAAUCUCAGUGUCCGAGACCGAAACCGAAACCGAAUUCGAGUCCGAAUCAGCAUCGCAAUCAGAGUUAUCUCGACUCCGCUUGACGCUCGGUUGGAAACCCAAGUUUUGAAACCGGAUUUGCAUGCCAACAAAGUGAGGAACCGGAGGACGGGGCACCCGGGGAGUGCUGACAAACAAAACAAAUCAAACGAAAUGAAAUUCUUUCGGCUUUCGCCUGGCUUUUGCUUUAAAUACAAAAUCGCACGGCUCAGAACAUUAGACUGGUUUAAGAGCUCGAAUUAAGCGCAUUGACGGGGACUAAAAUCGGACGUCAGUCGAGAACGCAUUAAAACCUACCUACCAGCAAGUGUGAAGAGCCAACCAAAGUGCUAAAAUUAAAUUCAAGUUAAUUAUAUAAAACAAUUUUUGCUGUGAAUAUACGCACAUAAACAAUGGCUGGACAACAUAAUAAGCGAAUGGUCCUACUCAGCUGCAGUCUGGCUGUGUUUCUGGGUAUUUCGGAGGCCCUGCCACGCUACAGUCGCCCCAGGGAUCUGGGAACCGCCGCCAGCAUCUCCAGUUUCGCCUAUGCCCCACGGCCCCAGGAACCCCUGGCCCUGACUGGCAACUACAACCUGAUCAUGCCCGACUACUACGAUCACCAUCCGGCGGAGUCAAUGCAGCUGCAAAACUUUGCCAACUUCUACGACGCCCAGAUGAGUCCCGGGGCCGAUCUUGGAAUGGAGGAGUCUCAGUUCCUGGCCAACACGCCGGUUUAUCGGCCUCCACAGCCCCUGACGGCCCAGGAGGAGCGCAUCCGUCAGCAGGUGCCGCACGUGGAUGUCGUGCGGGAGAAGAAGACCCUGCUCAAGCUGAAGAAGGGCAACACCCAGCCCAAGGGACCCGACCACCAGGAGUGGGACCAGUUCGACUACGACCUGUACAGCCUCAAUCCCGGCGACAGCAAGAAGUACAACUACGACGUCUGAGCGACGUCUGGGAAUGAUGGCGCAUUC